ACUUGAAACAUCGAGAACCGGACCAGGGCAUUCGACCAAAACGAAAUACCGAACUCCAACAAACCAGGAUAGAAACAUGGCACUUCGAAAGGGAAAAAUUCAAGAAGAAGACGCUUCGCAACUCAAGUUGGGACAAGAAUUCGACAUGGCUGGUUGUUUGUCGAUAUCCGAAGUCAAGCUACUACUGGAAACAGGAGAAAAGCGAGCUGAUACGGCCGUAUACAAGAAGACCCACGAAUAUGUCAAUCAGUUUGCGAGGUUUAACUCGACCGAUUCGGCCCAGGCGGCUCGACAAAUUUUGAGUAAAGAUACCACUCUGAAGCAGUUUGAAUUAGCGCAACUAGCCUCGCUAUGUCCCGAAGAAGCCGAAGAAGCAAAGAGUCUGAUACCAAGUAUUGCGGGAAAAGAUGACGAUGCUCUUCAAGCACUGCUCAAUGAAAUCUCGGGUCUCAAACGAUAUCAAGGAUAGCCUGUAGCUCAUCAUUACCAACAUCCUAUGUAGUAACAACUCAAAUCUUCCAUGACAUUCUUCUGUCUUGCUCCAAUGCAGAUUCUGUAGAUCUUCAGCUGUUCUUUCUUUACUCAAUUGAACGUAUUUUUUUGGCUCGAAUUCAUAUUUUUUUUUUGGCUUGGGUUGAAAUCUACACUCAUAUAUCGACGAGAUGGGAAAACAUCGGAAGAAGGCUGACUGCUCUCGUGGCACACAUGCAAUGCACUUCCUGCCACUUGGA